AAUGGACCUAAGGAAGGCUGCUGCUCUGUGUCUGGGGCUGUGGAGCGCCUGGCUCUGGGCAGGACAGAGCACCCAGGCUGCAGCAGUGCACCCCUUCUCACCAAGGCUGGGAGCAGCAGGAGCUGCCAGGAGGGCACUGCCAGCCAGCCAGGCACUUGGCACUUUACAAAGGGAUACCCAGAACCACUUCAGAAAGGAGCCCGGUGGGAAGGGCACGGUGGUACCCCAUGAAUACAUGCUCUCCCUGUACCAGAGGCUGUCCCACAUUGGGCACAGAGGGAUGCCCAGCAAUGUCACCCGGGACAGGGCAGGGGCCAACACAGUCACCAGCUUUGUGGAGCAGGAACAGGAUGAAGUCUCUGCUAAAUCAUUGCAGCAGAAAUACAUGUUUGACACAAGCACUCUGUCUGCUUUCGAUGAUAUCGUAGGAGCUGAGCUGAGGAUCCUGCGCAAAGCUCCACAAAACAUAAGCUUUGUAGUCACGGAUCCCGGGAGUCUGGUACACCUCUAUCUUUACACCUGUGCUACGAUUUGGGAAGAGGCCAUGCUUCUAGACUUUCGGUCUGCUGACCUGCUGGACACCUUCUCAAAGUGGGAGGUAUUUAACGUCUUGAAGGCCAUGGACAAUAGGAAAAGCCCUGGUGAACCUUUGUGUUUUAUGUUGAAGAUGAUCUCUGAUCUCACAGUGACCUACCUGCCACCAGCCCAACUGGGAUUUCAUCGACUGGGCCAAACAGUCCCAGAGAAAGCUUUGCUGGUGGUCUCUUCCUACUCUAAGAGGAGAGAGAACCUUUUUAAAGAGAUUAGGGAAAAAAUUAGGUCAAAGGGUAGCCCAAAGGCUUUAGACUCACCAGACUAUGGGCAAAGGUCCAUCAUCAAAAGAAGAAGAAAAAGGUCAACUCUCCCAACAAGGACAAAUCACAACAAAGGACAAGGCAAGAGGUCUAAAACAAGAUGCAGUAAGAAGCCCCUUCAUGUUAACUUUAAGGAGCUGGGCUGGGAUGAUUGGAUCAUAGCCCCCUUGGAUUAUGAAGCUUACCACUGUGAGGGUGUAUGUGAUUUCCCACUGAGGUCCCAUCUGGAGCCCACCAAUCAUGCCAUUAUCCAGACUUUAAUGAACUCCAUGGACCCAGAGUCCACACCACCAAGCUGCUGUGUCCCAUCAAAACUCAGCCCCAUCAGUAUUUUAUACAUAGACUCUGGGAAUAAUGUAGUCUACAAGCAGUAUGAGGACAUGGUAGUAGAAAACUGUGGCUGCAGGUAGCACUUAUUUUUUAAAAGCUUUACAACUGUGUGUUUUCUGUAUGUCCCAACUCAUAACAACAACUCAUACAAAAAAGGCAAGCAGAGGUAAAUGUGUUAUUGUCUCUAUUCUCCUGUGUCUCUAUGUAUUAUCUUCCUUAAUGACAGGUUUAGCUAUUUCACAGACAUUAGAAUACACACGCACACACGUGCACACACACACACACGUGCACACACAUGCACACACACACACGUCUAGCUGGAAUACAUACUUAUACCCGGCAGACGAGAUGCCGGCUGUCAAUAUCCCAACAGCGGCAUCCCGCCCGCCAGGAUGCCGGCAGCGGGGUGAGCGCAAAGAGUCCCCUUGCGGGUGUCCCAUGAGUGGGAAUAGCCCCUGUGCGCCGGGAUUCCGGCUGCCGGCAUUGUCAGCUGUCGGGAUUCCGGCUUCGGUGUUCCGAGCGGCGGGAUCCCAACACUCAGCAAAUUAACUGUAUCCCGUCUAGAUAACAGGUUUCCAAAAAAAUUAAAUCUUAUGUGAUUAGUUUUAUUUUUAAAUGUGAGAUGUAUCAAACCUUGGAGAAAGAUAAGGGUGAAAGAGAUAAACUACCAACCAAUCAGCUCCUGUCAUUUUUCAAACACAGGGGCAGAUGUAUUAAGCCCGGAGAAGUGAUAACGCACCAGCCAAUCGUUAUGGGUUUGAAAAAUGACAGGAGCUGAUUGGCUAGUGAUUUAUCACUUCUUUAUCACUGCUUUAUCACUUCUCCAGGCUUAAUACAUCUGCCCCACAGUCUGUAACAUGGCAGUUAGGAGCUGAUUGGUUGGUACUUUCUCUCUCCACUUUAUCUCUCGCCAAGGUUUGAUGCAUCUCCCCCAAAAUGUAUCUUUAAAAUAAAAAUUGUUGGACUUGUAGUUUUACAGCAGCUUUAUUGUUUUUCUGAAACUGCAAUAGAAGUCGUACCCAAAAAUGUGGAAAUAAUGAGAGAUCUUUUAGCAUAUAGAUAUUCAUGUUCGGGGGAAAGGAAGGAUUGUAUAUAAGGGGUCUAUAUACUAGGCCUUGGAUGGAGAUAAAGUACCAGCCAAUCAGCUCCUAUCUGUCAUUUUUCAAACACAGCCUGUGGCAUAGCAGUCAGGAGCUGAUUGGCUGGUACUUUAUCUCCAGCGACUUUAUGUCCAUCCAGGGCUUAGUAAAUAGACCCCUAAAUCAGCUAAGGAAAGGCACUUGUAAUGCUUUUCAACAGAGGUUAUUUCCCCUUGUCUAUAAUUUAUUCAGAAUGUUGACUCAAUGACCUAAAUUCAGCAAAACUGGCCAGGUGACAUCAUUCAUCCAUACAGAGGAACCAGGGCACUGCAUCAGUGCAGGGCAGCAACCAGUGUCACUGCAGGAAAGACUUCACUGUACGCCAUACCCAGCACUUUGAUUGGCAAGCUGGCACCUUCACUCCAGGAAACAGCUUGGGCUAAGAUAACGGAGCUUGGAUACAGUGUAUCACACAUGUGGGUAGCACUAUAAUAGAAUUAUUCCAGUACAUAUUAUAGUAACUUUUAAAUUAACUGAAAUGUAGUUGUGUACAUGAAUAAAACUGCUUUUG